AUGAGUUUAAAAACAUUUUCUCUUAUUGGUUUGGAGGUUAUCCCAUAUGAUAUAGGAAAUUCUUAUACUUGCCCUGUAAGGGCAGGAUAUUUGAGAGGAAAAACUCUCCAGUUGAGAGAGUCUCAUUUGCCAACUCUCUAUUCUCAUACCCUUACCGGGCUACUUAUAAUAAUUUCCUAUAGCUUUAAUGCGUAUAUGAAUACUAAUUCCCCUUCAGUCUGCAAAAGAUUAUUUUGCAUGUCUAAAACAAAUUACUUUUAA